GAGCAUGGGAGUGUGGGGGUGCUCCCAUGAGUUAGAGAAUAGGUAUCCAGCAAUUUAGCAGGAGUGAUUUACACUCGACAUGUGUAUAAGGAAUAAGGAGGAAGUAAACUAGUGUAAUUAACACUGUGGACACUGCACCAACAGCGAACGAAAGAACCUAUUUGCACGUGUCUAUGAAAUUGUCGAACUAAGCGAUAUUUGGGAACGCAGCUACUCGUAAUUGACAUUAAUGACAAUUGACAAAUGACAUGAAGUAAAAUAAGCAAUUCACGGCGACUUGAAUUUCAAACCUAUAAUUUUUAUAUUUCUACUUGAAAAAAGCAGUUACAAUGAGUUCUAUUGGAACUGGGUAUGAUUUAUCAGCUUCGCAAUUUUCUCCCGAUGGAAGAGUUUUUCAAGUUGAAUACGCGAUGAAAGCUGUAGAGAACAGCGGGACUGUUAUAGGUCUUAGAGGCACCGAUGGCAUUAUUCUUGCCGCUGAAAAACUUAUUAUGUCAAAAUUGCACGAGAAUACCACAAACAAGAGAAUUUUUAACAUCGAUAGACAUAUAGGAAUGGCGUUUUCUGGGUUAAUAGCAGACGCUAGACAAAUAGUGGAAAUAGCAAGAAAAGAAGCAUCGAACUAUCGAAAUCAAUAUGGUAGUAGCAUUCCACUUAAGUAUUUAAAUGAUCGUGUUAGUAUGUACAUGCAUGCAUAUACUCUAUACAGUGCUGUAAGACCGUUUGGAUGCAGUGUAAUUUUGGCCAGUUACCAAGAUGACGAACCUAACAUGUUCCUAAUUGAUCCAUCAGGAGUUAGUUAUGGGUAUUUUGGUUGCGCAACUGGUAAAGCAAAACAAUCAGCCAAAACAGAAAUAGAGAAAUUAAAAUUGGGUCAACUGUCCUGUAAGGAAUUGGUUAAAGAGGCUGCCAAAAUAGUUUAUCUUGUGCAUGAUGAAUUAAAAGACAAGAAUUUUGAAUUGGAACUGUCUUGGAUUUGCAAAGACAGUGGAGGAUUACAUGUUAAAGUACCGGAAUCUGUAUAUGCUGAUGCUGAGAAAGCUGCUAAACAAGCUAUGGAAGCCGAUUCAGAAUCUGAUACUGAAGAUAUGUAAUAAUUAAUUAAGUAUUUUAUAAUAUUUUCCGUAAUAAAUCGUUUUCAAAUUAACAAAAAA